AUGGCGGGCGCCAGCUUGGAUUGGGCUGAUAAGCCUAACGCCGAUCUCGCCUUGUCGUCGGAUGAAGAGGAUUUUGUUUCCAGCCCAAGCACUGCUUCAAGGGAGCUUGAAGGUGUCGCCAAGCAGAAUCUGACACUGGCUUUGGGGAAGUUGCGCUUAGAGCAAGAGGGCUUGAAUCAAUCCUCCGAACAGGACGCGACUCCAACAACUCCCCGCACAGAAGGUCCAAAUCACACCCCUCCAGAACCGGAAAUGGCGAAAACCCCUCUGCAGCUGCUGGACUUGCCGUUGGAUAUUCUGAAAGAGAUCAUCAAAGAGGUAACACAGGUCUUCCCCGAGAUCCCGGACUCGGACCCUGGCAAUAACAGAGAUCGCUUCCGAUCGCGACGAGGCAAUCAUUAUGCACAGUAUACCCGCACGUUCUCCAUCGGAAACGGCCCUCUUAGCUGGGUACAAGAAUACUCGGUGACCAAAGAAGUGGGCAAAAUGCUAGGGACGCUGGUUGCCUUGGCAGUUGCGCGGAUGGUGAAUCUUGAGGCCUUUGUUUGGGACAUGCCGACUGGGGUGGUCCGUGAAAUAUGGCUGGCGCUUGCGUCGUUGGCAGAUCGGCCAGGACACGAUUGUCGCCUGGAACGUAUUUGGGUGCGCUGGCAUGACAAUUCAGAGAAUGCCUUACGCAGUUCGUCGGCGGCGGCAACGAGACUUUUCCAAAAAUACAAACAUGUGGAACAUCCUUCCUUGUCUGUACUGCCUCCGCUCAAGAGCGUGGCCGUUCUUGACAUAGAUGAACCCGCUUAUGUGGAGGAGCUGGCUCUUCUCAUUGAGCGGUCACGUCACCGUCUGUCCGAACUCCGAAUUGGUAUCGCUGAAAAGGCCCAUAUGAGUGCGUGGCUGCAGUGCGGGAAGGACUCUACUGGCUCAACGGGUUGGCCUAGAGCCGAUGGUGUACUUGGUAUAUUGACACGGCGGCACCUUGACAAAAACCAGGACAAUGCUAUAAUCACCUCCCUUGAAGAUAGCUCGAUGCCAUCCGAGGGUUCGAUAAACAAGUCACUAAACUCUACCGAAAGCGCAGCUCCAUUGAAUCCAAAUGGCGAGCAGCAGCCUCCCAGCACUACCAAUGACAAAAAGUCCCCACCAAACUCUGGUGUGCCCAACCGGAGUACCCGCCCACAGCCACCUUCUUAUAAACUUGAGUACGAGAUACUCUACCUCAAAGUACUAGAGCUGGAACGUGUACCUCUUUCUGUGCCAACACUGCUGCCGGCUGUUGACUGGACGGGAUUGACUACUCUCACUAUCAUGCGAUGCGAGGAUCAUGAAAAGCUUUGGAGGGCUUUGCGUCGGAAGUAUGCUCCUCCUGCAAUGCCGGCAAAACGUCCACAGGAUGCAGAACGUCGAGCAAGCGCCAGCUCAGUUGAGUACUCUCUAAAUUUGAAACAUAUUCGCACGGACACUGUUUCACCUUAUCUUAUAUUGUUUAUCAAGGAUGCGCUGGCCCCGAAUACCCUCGAGAGUGUUUAUUUGCAUGAAGCACCAGGUCAUGAAUCUGCCGUGCAUAUCGACGCUAUUUACAAGCACAUUCUGCGAAAGCACAGGCAGAGUCUGCGAAAGGUGCUGAUUGAUGCCACUGACCGUAUAAUUGGAGACGGAUAUUCAGGCACGCGAUGGCACAAGUGGAUGUUCAACCACGACAUGGUAUCAUUCGUCACAAGUGGAAAGAUGCCGCAAUUAAAAGAGCUGGGAAUGGCGAUGCAUUAUCGCGAUUGGCAUUUCUUCCUGCAGAGAUUGCCGAAUAUGUCUCAGCUUCGUGCUUUAUUUCGACGACAACCCCGCGAUUGGUCAUUCCCGACGCACAGCGAAGAUGAUGAUGAAGGGUGGGCCAACCCCGACCACGAAUCUGAAGAAGACAGCGAUGCUUCCGAUGAUGCCUCGGGGGCGGCUGAUACAGACCUCCUUUCCAGUGACCCGGACUAUGAUACCGAACCUGAUGAAGAACAGGGUGCUUCGCGGGUUCGGUACCGGCUACAAGAGAUUCUGUUUUAUGACGAAAAGGUAUCAAUUUUCAAGGCGCGUCAUGGUGUUUUGUGA